AAGUCGAAGCCGCAGCAGCUAGCUAGCUAGCAUGGCCGGGAAAGAGCUUACGCUGCUGGGGUUAUGGGCGAGCCCGUUCGUGCUCCGGGCGCGCAUCGCGCUCAGCCUCAAAGGCCUCACCUACGCUUACUCCGAGGAGAACCUCGACGACAAGAGCGAGCUUCUCCUCAGCUCCAACCCCGUGCUCAAGAAGGUGCCCGUGCUCAUCCACCACGGCAAGCCCGUCUGCGAGUCCCAGAUCAUCGUGCAGUACGUCGACGAGGCUUUCCCCGCCGCCGCACCUAAUUUCCUUCCAUCCGACCCCUACGACCGCGCCAUUGCUCGCUUCUGGGCCUCCUACGUCGACGACAAGUUCUACAGCGCGUGGAUACCCGUGUUCAGGGGCAGGACGGCGGAGGAGAUGGCGGAGGCGGCGAGGCAGGCCGUCGCGGCGCUGGAGACGCUGGAGCAGGCGUUCAGGGAGUGCUCCAAGGGGAAGGCCUUCUUCGGAGGGGACAGCGUGGGGCUCGUCGACGUCGUGCUCGGCGGCCUUGUUGGGUGGCUGUACGCCACCGAGGCCAUCUGCGGGGUGAAGGCCCUCGACGCCGGCAGGACGCCGCUGCUGGCGGCGUGGGCGGAGCGGUUCUGCGCGCUGGAGGGUGUCAAGGGGCUGAUCCCGGACGUGGACAGGCUUCUGGAGUAUACCAAGGCCAGGCGGGCCGUAUUUGGCCUGCCGCCGCUCCGUCCUUAGGCAUAGUGGACAUGUUUCUUUUCUUUUUUUAAAAAAAAAAAUUAUAUGUUCUAUGUUUGUUUGAAAUAAAGUACUGUUAUGGUGUUACACAUGUA